AUGGCAGCUGAGAUGGACAUCUCGAUGAACGUGAGGGUCUUCGAAGAGUUGACUUUCACGAAAGCGGAGCCAAACGAGAUCUUCUCAGUGAAAAUGCGUUCGAACUACAACGUCUUGACCGGCCAUCCAAAUAAGACGCAUGAUUGGCAACGCGUAUAUUUCUUUGUGAAAUCCGAUGAACAUGCUUUCGAAGAGCCGUCGGGGGACGACUACCGUGGUCUGUGGAACCGGCAACUCGUUCGUCAUCCGAAUGCGAUCGCCUACCCCGAGAAGUUUUUCGAAAGUGCUCAAGCGAUCGCGGCGCAUAGUCAUCUUUUUGAUUGGGAGUCGAGGCUUCCUUGCGUUCUCGGUCCCCGUAAGUCGCGCCUUCCUUUGUUUACUCGCAAACAACAGAGACUUCUCGACAAAGCCAUAGAAAUGGACGGGGUUCCGGACCUAAGCGCUCUGUUAAAAGGGAAGCUGCAACUGCUCACGAAGAAGUCGACUACAGUCGAUCCUCAGGGACCGUCUGACUCCGGAGUCGACGUCACUUCUGAAGGUGGUGGAGCCUCCAGAGAAGAAGCCUCCAGAGAAGGAGCCUCCAGAGAGGAGGGUCCUAUUGCAACCGAUCAGGGGGGGACAGCAGAGACUUCUGCUUCUGGUCCCAAGAAGAAGAAGAAAAAGACCAAGAGGACUAAGGUGAGAGCGACCGACGAGGUUCCUCCCGAAGAGUCUGCUCCCGUCAAUGCGACUUUGACUGACGAGGUUCAUCCCGAAGAGUCUGCUCCCGUCGACGCGACUUCCGAGGGUGGUCACCCGAGGAAGAAAACUAAGAGGUCUGUUGAGGCAGAGCCCCGCCCUUCUACCUCCGACGCGAACGUUGCUGACGCGGCCAUAGUCGACGCUGUUGGGGAAGCCAGCGGUACUCCUGGACCUGAAGGUUUCGUCGCGAGAAGGAGGUGUGCGGAGCUGACGCGUCAAAUUCGUGGUGGGACGAAGGAGAUGCCGCAACUGGAAGACCUUUACUUCAAGAAUGAAUACAUCGACGCUGCUUCCUCGAGAGCGCGGAGUGACGGGAGCAUGAACUUCCUUGUCGAGAAAUACGACAGUGCCCUGAAGCAGACGAUGAUCCAGUUGGGAUCUUCGGAGAAGCUCACUCAAGCAAGAUUGAAGGCCAUUGAGAGGGUGAGGGAUGAGCAUAAAAAGGCUAACGAGAAGGCUGCGAAAGAGAAAGAAGUCCUUCGAGUGAAGUUUGAAGAGCUGGAGGGUAAGCUCAAAUCCGCCGGCGCGGCCAAGAAAGAGCUUGCCCGAGAGAACACCCGUUUGGAGCAAGCGACUGCGACCCUUGAAAAGGAGAAGACAGAGCUACUCGAGGAAAGGGACGCUGCGGUUGAGAAAUUGAUCAGAGAGAGGCAACGCUUGAGAGACUCCCGGGGACUCGAGGUUACUCGUGAGAGGGAAAGGGUCAAAGCUGCUAUGAUCGAGAAGGCAAACGGCUGCUUUGGUCGCGUGCGCGACCAUCUAACUCGCUUCGACGCCUUUGGGAAGGCGAAGAAUCUGUACGGUCAAGCUUCGGGGACGAGGAAGUGCCUCGAGAUGAUAAAGGCAAGUGGGACGGAGAUUCCGCAAGAAAUGAACGACGUUUUUAUCGAGCAGGAGAAACUCUACGAGGCGGAGGCUACGAAGCUUCGUGUAGAUCCGCUGUCUGAUAGCGACCUCACUCUUUCUCCGCUGGUUCUCCCUUCUCGUUUCGUCGAGGACAGGUUUAGAGCGUCGUUUGAUCCUUAUGGAUCGAACGUAGAUUUGAUCGGACCAGGGAUGGUUUCUCAGCUCAUCACCUCACUCGAAAUUACUGAGGAGCCAUCGGAGGAGCCAUUGGUCGAUGUCACAUCGGUCCCGGCCGAGCGCGUCGAGGUCCUGGAGGGAGGUGGUCCUAGUGAACGUACAGGGAACGAGAACCUCGAGGAGGAAGAGGCCGGGCACGUGAGCAUCGAGGAUCCUGUCCUCGUCUCGGAUUCUUCUUCUGAAGGACGAGAAGGCGAAGAGGUGGAAGACGAUAGAGUCGAGGAGACGUCGUCGUUGCAACCCGUCGAGGAAGAGAAGACCGACGAAGUCGGGAAUAGAGAUGUUCCUCCGCCUCCUGCUGUGGACUCUCUUGUCUCUAUUCCUACUCGGGUGGAAGACCCGACUGUUACUGAAGACCCAGUCGGUCCUUCUGCUCUUGGGACGCCGGAGGAGAUCGGUCAAGAUUAUGCGCCUUGA